AAAUUCAAGGCCCCCUGGCGCAAGUUCUUCACCUCCAUGCCCGUCUACGCCAUCAUCGUUGCCAACUUCUGCCGCAGCUGGACCUUCUAUCUGCUGCUCAUCAGCCAGCCGGCCUACUUCGAGGAGGUCUUCGGCUUCGAGAUCAGCAAGGUGGGCCUGCUCUCCGCCCUGCCCCACCUGGUCAUGACCAUCAUCGUCCCCAUCGGGGGGCAGAUCGCGGAUUUCCUGCGCAGCCACAGGAUCAUGUCCACCACCAACGUCCGCAAGAUGAUGAACUGCGGAGGCUUUGGCAUGGAGGCGACUCUGCUGCUGGUGGUGGGUUAUUCCCACAGUAAAGGCGUCGCCAUCUCGUUCUUGGUCCUUGCUGUGGGCUUCAGUGGCUUUGCUAUUUCAGGGUUCAACGUGAAUCACCUGGACAUCGCCCCACGUUACGCCAGCAUCCUCAUGGGCAUCUCCAACGGGGUGGGCACCCUCUCGGGCAUGGUCUGCCCCAUCAUCGUCGGGGCCAUGACCAAGCACAAGACGCGGGAGGAGUGGCAGUACGUGUUCCUCAUCGCCUCGCUGGUGCACUACGGGGGGGUCGUGUUCUACGGGAUCUUCGCCUCGGGCGAGAAGCAGCCCUGGGCCGAGCCGGAGGAGACCAGCUCCGAGAAAUGCGGCUUCAUCCACGAGGACGAACUGGCCGACGAGGAGGACGAGGCCGCCCGGGGGGCGGGCGACGGGGGCGGGGGCGGCUACGGGGCCACCAAGAGCACCAGCUUCGCCAACGGGGGCUGGGUGGCCGACUGGGACAAGAAGGAGGAGUUCGUGCAGGAGCCCGGCAAGGACACCUACAUGUAUGGGGCGCCGCGGGAGAGGGACCUGUCCUAG